UUCUCUUUGUUACUGAACAGAGGUAGACAGAAUGAGCGGCAGAGGAAAGGGAGGUAAGGGACUCGGUAAAGGAGGCGCUAAGCGUCACCGUAAAGUUCUCCGUGAUAACAUCCAGGGAAUCACUAAGCCCGCUAUCCGCCGUCUGGCUCGCCGCGGUGGAGUUAAGCGUAUCUCCGGUCUUAUCUACGAGGAGACCCGCGGUGUGUUGAAGGUCUUCCUGGAGAACGUCAUCCGGGACGCCGUCACCUACACCGAGCACGCUAAGAGGAAGACUGUGACCGCCAUGGAUGUGGUGUACGCUCUGAAGAGGCAGGGCCGCACCCUGUACGGCUUUGGAGGUUAAACUGAGCCGCUUCUCUAAACUAAACAAAGGUCCUUUUCAGGGCCGCCAACCUGCUGGUUAAGAACACGAUUCCCACUAAAAGUGUCUACAAAACAAGAUUAUAAGGGCUUAAAAAGGGUAACAAU